CGAGUCUUCAUCGUGGACAGGCAGCCAGCGAUCCAUAGCCCUGUUCUCUGCAUUGAGUCUUCAUCAUCGUGAACAGGCAGCCAGCGAUCCAUAGCCCUGCUUUCUGCUUCGAGUCUUCAUCGUGAACAGGCAGCCACAGCGAUCCAUAGCCCUGUUCUCGGCAUCGAGUCUUCAUCGUGGACAGGCAGCCACAGCGAUCCAUAGCCCUGUUCUCGGCAUCGAGUCUUCAUCGUGAACAGGCAGCCAGCGAUCCAUAGCCCUGUUCUCGGUAUCGAGUCUUCAUCGUGAACAGGCAGCCAGCGAUCCAUAGCCCUGUUCUCGGCAUCGAGUCUUCAUCGUGAACAGGCAGCCAGCGAUCCAUAGCCCUGUUCUCGGCAUCGAGUCUUCAUCGUGAACAGGCAGCCAGCGAUCCAUAGCCCUGUUCUCGGCAUCGAGUCUUCAUCGUGAACAGGCAGGCAAACACAGGCAGACAGACCGAAGUGGAGAGCCUUUGUUGCCGGGCAGUUCCCACGGUAACGGAGUGACACUGAUACAUUUUAAAGUUAUUGUGCCAUGGCCUCUAAGCCACAUCCUCCUCUAAUGAAGAAACACAGUCAGUCAGAUCUGGUGAGCCGGCUGAAGACCAGGAAGAUACUGGGGGUCGGAGGAGAGGACGACGACGGAGAGGUGCAUAGGUCGAAGCUCAGUCAGAUGCUGGGGAAUGACAUCAAGUAUCAGGUGCGAGAGCCUGUUGGUCUAAGGCUCUGGAUCGUCAUCUCUGCGUUAACCUUCACAGUUAUGGCCUUGAUGGCCCUGGUGUGUCCCAACCAGCUCUAUGAGGUGGUGUUUGAAGAAGAGAUCAACAAGACCAGCAUCUCCAUCAGGCUCUAUGGAGGAGCACUACUCAGUCUGUCCCUCAUCUUGUGGAAUGGAGUGUAUGCACAAGAGAAGGUCAUCAUUCAAUGGACUCUGCUCAGCGAAGCAUGCUACUUUGCUGUCCAGUUUAUAGUUACGUCGGUCACCCUGGUGGAGAUGGGCUCGUUUCCCAACGCUGCCAUCCUCCUCCUCCUCAGCCGGGUGCUCUUCCUCCUGGUCACUCUCUUCUAUUACUACCACCUGGGGAGAGGACGACCCAAGAAGAUCUGAGAGGAGGGAGGGGAGGAGAGAGGACGACCCAAGAUGAUCUGAGAGGAGGGAGAGGAGAGAGGACGACCCAAGAUGAUCUGAGAGGAGGGAGAGGAGAGA